GAGAGGAGAGGACGUCAUAUUGAGGAAACGAAACCUAAAGUUCAGGGAAACCAAAGUUACUCGACGUGCAAGCAGUUCUCUCUUUUAGGAGGAAAUAAAACGAAUUUUGGAACAAAUAGAAAGACAGAAACAACAACAAGGAAUGGCCUCUGCUACUUCCUGGUCUGAAGAGAACUUUUCAUGUUCCAUCUGUCUGGAUUUGUUCAGCAGUCCAGUUACCACACCAUGUGGACACAACUUCUGCAGAACCUGCGUUACAAAGUUCUGGGAUGAACAAGUCCAUUACCAAUGUCCUGUUUGCAACGAGCUCUUCCACACUAGACCCGAUUUACGGGUAAAUAUCCUCUUAUCAGAGCUGGCGGCUCAGUUUAAAACGUCUGUACGAGUAAAAGAGCAGCCUUGUGUUGAAACAAGAGAAGUUCCCUGUGACGUCUGUACUGGGACCCAGCUGAAAGCUGUGAAGUCCUGCCUAGAAUGUUUUACCUCUUACUGCCACACCCACCUGGAGCGACAUCAGAGAGUCGCACGCCUGAAGAAACAUCAGCUGGUUGAGCCUAUGGAAAGUCUGGAGGAUAGGAUGUGUAAGAAACAUGAACGACUUCUAGAGCUCUUCUGCAGGACGGAACAGGUGUGUGUGUGUAAGUUCUGCACAGAGGGUGAACACAGGAACCAUCCUGUUGUACCUCUAAAGGAGGAAUAUGAAGAGAAGAUGGCCCAGCUGGGUAACAUAGAAUCUGAAGUUCUGCAGAUGAUCCAGGAGAGAAAACUAAAGAUUAAGGAUAUUAAAGACACCUUUGAUUUGAGCAAGAAAGAUGCAGACAGAGUGAUAGCCUAUGGUUUGCAUGCCCUCACCGCUCUGAUGCGCUGCAUUGAAAAGUGGCAGGAUGAUUUCAACCAAACGGUUAAAGAGAAUCUGAAAUGCACAGAGAAACAAGCCGAAGACCUUAUCCAAGAGCUGGAGCAGGAAAUCGAGGAUCUGACCAAUAGAAGCUCAGAGCUGAAGCCACUCUCACACACUGAAGACCAUCUCCAUUUCCUCCAGGCCUUCAGAUCCCUGAAGGAUCCUCCAUCUACCAGGGACUGGACGACGGUGGAGGUCCGUCCUCCGUCAUAUGUAGGGACCUUGAGGAGAUACCUGGAUCAGCUGGUGGAGACACUGAACAAGAAACUGCGUGAUACUGAAGUGAGGAGGAUCCAGCAGUAUAAAGUAGAUUUGACUUUGGAUUCUGAUACAGCUCAUCCCUAUCUCACCCUGUCUGAGGAUGGGAAACAAGUACAUUAUGGAGGUGUAAUGAAGACACUCCCAGACAACCCUAAGAGAUUUACAUUGUUUCCAUUUGUUCUCUCGGGGAAGAGCUUCUCCUCAGGGAGAUUUUACUUUGAGGUACAGGUUAAAGAAAAGAAUGUAUGGUAUUUAGGAGUGGCCGGAGAGUCCAUCAACAGAAAAGCUCUCAUCCCCUUGACCCCUAAGAAUGGCUGCUGGAUAAUAUUUUUCGACAAGAAUGAGUUUGUAUUUCAUGAUUUCAACAGUGUUGUCCGUCUUCCUCUGAGAGCUAAGCUCCAGAAGGUGGGAGUGUUUGUUGAUUAUGAUGCGGGUCUGGUCUCCUUCUAUGAGGUGGAAGCCAAGAUUCAUAUCUACUCUGCUACUGGCUGCACCUUUAGUGAGCCUAUCUAUCCACUCCUUGGCCUUUGUGCAAUGUUCUUUGGUUGCAGAAAUUCUAACCCCCUGAUUAUCUCUACUGUCAAUCAAACAGAUUAAGACACUGUUUGGUGUUACAAAUUCCCCUAUGUAUAUGUUUGAUUUGGUAAUUCUUUCAGACAAACGAUUGCUUCAUAUUCUAGUUCAUUCCACCAGCUGUCGUUACUAUGGAGAAUAUGGAGUGUGCGUUAGCGUUCUAGAAAAAGUGAUUUAUUAUUUGUUGAUUAUGCUGAUAGUUAUGUUUGACUACUGUAUUUCACUGUUGUAACCGGUUAAUUUAUGUAAUGAUAUUUUGUUGCACUUCUGUCACAUUGAAGAUACCAAACAGAUUUGACAUUCCUAUUUCUGUAUGCACCUUAAUCUACAUAAAGACCCUCAAAUCAAUCCCUGCCUAUGUCUACUCCUUACCAGAGACCCGCUGUUGAUAGAGCAGUCCACCCUUAUCUCAGAUAGCAUCAAUUUACAUCCUUCAAUUCUCCAUAGUUGGAUAUUAAAAUACACAAAUAACCACAGCAACUAAUUAUAUUUCCUGAAUAAUCUGCUACGUUAGCUCUGAGAGAACUGCAUUAAUGUUGAACGGUUGUCAUUUACCAAAGGAUGAAAUAACCCUGACUAUUAUUAUUAAUUAUUAUUAUUAAAACUUGGCUAGCCCCCAACCAGGAGGGCCAGUUGCUGCUUUUCGUCUGGCCUCUACUCUAGAAACCUGCCCAGCAUGGUUGAACCUGGGGUCUGGGGUUAACUACCCCGUCCUGUAAAAAAACAUUCCAGUUACAGAGGAGUCCCAAGUUUAACAGGAAUUUAACAAACAAAACAAAGUCAUUAUUUACACUGUUACAGAAGCACAAACUACUGCCCAUAACUCUGGCAACACAGAUGAUGACAAGUCUUGUUGGCACGUGCUCAGAAAUGCAAUUCAAACUGCCAAGGGUCACUAUGAGCAUAGGAGUCAAUUACGCUGGGGAUGAGUCCCCACCAGUUUGAGUCAUGAUAAAUUUUGUCCCAACCACUAAAUAAAAACUGCACCUCCACCUCAUGGCUUCAUCCAUGGGCUUUUUGCCGGGGCAGCAUGGCAAGCAGCCGGUUGAAGCGUUCCCUGGAAAGCCUGAAGGCAGGCUUCAGGUCCACUCCAGAGAAAAACAUAGCUAGGAUCGGCACAGUGGUGUCCAGCUGUGCGUCUAGCUCUUAGCUGCUUUGGUCCUGGUACCAAAGCAAGAGAAUAAAUAUAUUUUGAUAUGCCUGUAUAUGCCAAUGGUUAGGUUCAUAUAUUUUUACAUUAAUUGCUCAUCCAUUUAUUUUAAAGUACAAUAAAUUGCAAUUAUGUAUUUAAUACGUAUUGUCUGCUGUGUAGCAGAAUUCAAAAUCAAUUUAACACUUUACUGGUUUGAUCAGUAAAAAAGUAAGUGUAAUUCACAAAAGGAAUAUUUUCCUAGGCCUAGUUUUUUUAUAUACAUUUCAGCCUCUUUUAUAUGUUGUGGGUAGCUUUAAGGGGCUUAAACUUUCAACCCUGUGGUAAAAUUACAAAUUGACCCAUUACAGUCAAGUGUAUAUAUUAAUAUUAACACAUAAAUUGAAAUGGGUAAAAACAAGCCAUAUCAA